AUGCAGUAUUACAAUGUGUUCACCCACCCCAUCGUCCGGGACCAGCUUAUUGCCAACACUGUCUUGGUCGCCGGUGCCACCUUAUUUGUGGUUUUGCGGUUUUACUCCCGACGUUUGAGACGAAGCAAGAUCUGGUGGGAUGAUGUAUUCUGUGUUGCGGCCAUGCUACACACAUAUGGUAUGCUUGCAAUGCAAUUCCACUACGCUCGCAUCGGGAUGCGGCAUCAUGUUGGGGUUCUUCCACUAGCGAAUAUCACCCUGAUCGCUAAGAUGCUGAUGAUCUAUCAAAUCGUUUAUUAUAACGCGAUGGUCUUGGCGAAGUUCAGCUACCUGUUCUUCUACCUUCGCAUCUUCGUUACGAGGGAGUUUCGUAUCCUUACCUGGGUGUGUAUGGGAUGUGCAGCGGCAUACUGGCUUGGUAGUGUGCUCCAAAUUUUCCUGAUUUGCACGCCUUUCAAGAAGAAUUGGAGCGACGUGCCAGGUCACUGUGCCAGUCAAAAUGUGGCUUUCUCAACCAUCGGCGCGUUCAAUCUUCUCACGGACGUGAUGAUCAUGGCAUUGCCCAUCCGUUUUAUCUGGAAGUUGCAAAUGUCGAUUGGAACAAAGAUGGCCUUGUAUGGAAUCUUUGGUCUGGGUGCAUUUAUCUCAUCUAUCACAAUCAUCCGCAUCCGUGUCCUCACGACCGUCGACUUCAAUGACCUUCCCUACUCUAUGAUCUGGGCUGCAUUCUGGAGUGUUACCGAGCCGGCUCUCGCUAUUGGAAACUCGUGUGCACCUAUGCUUCGACCUAUCGUCAAGGCUGUGUUUCCGACUUUGUUUGCCAGUGCCAAAGCUGGAUACUCUACGCAGCCAGCAUCGGGUCCAAAGCCCAUCUUGAGCAAGAAUAACACGUUCGACCGGAUACACGACGUGGAUAUCGAGUAUCCACUCACGCAGAUGGAUCAAAGGUCAGAUGGGGAUGAGGGAUCUUUGAAUGACCGUUCGCAUGAUAGUCGCUCACAAGAUGGGCCACGUCAUUUCCCAAGAAGUGUGGUUGGAGACAGUAAAGCACAUUCAUAA